CACAAAAGAACAAGUCGCUUUUUGAGUUGAACAUUAGAAGCUCAUUUGUUACAGUUAAAUACAGUUAAACUUCUAUGAUUUACAAACCCAAUGUUAAGUGGGGAUCCACCUAAAUUCAAGAAUCAUUUGUUUGAAGAAGCUCGAAAAAGGAAAAUAGCAGACCCUGUUUUUACAGAGGAACAAGAAGCUAAUGGUAACCCAUUCAUGACUUCCUUUAUAUUUGAUGUAUGUUUUUUUAAUAAUCAACAUGAUGUUUUUAUGAGUUUAAAUAUAUUUUAAUUCAGGCAGACACAAUUUACUCCUGGAUAAAAUAUCAAGCUGUUCUAUAUGGUUAAUUACAUUUCUGUGUUAAUAAAAGAUUCAUCCUGAUUGUUUUCAUUGUUGGUUCAGGUUUCAGAGGUGUUGUGGAGGUGAAUAGCAAGAGUUUUAAAGGUUCGGAGGUGUGGAAAACUAAAAAGGAAGCUCACCAGGACGUUGCCAAGAGAGCACUGGACUUCAUGAAAUCCAAUCCUGAGGGGACAGAAGAACGUUCAUCAUCUGGAGCCACUCAGUCAACAACCUCCACUACAGUGUCAAACUCAGUGUUAAGUGGUGAUCCUCCAAAAUACAAGAAUCGUUUGUUUGAAGAAGCUCGGAAAAGGAAAAUGCCAGACCCUGAUUUUACAGAGGAACAAGAAGCUAAUGGUUCAGGUUUCAGAGGUGUCGUGGAGGUGAAUGGCAAGCGUUUUAAAGGUUCGGAGGUGUGGAAAACUAAAAAGGAGGCUCACCAGGACGUUGCCAAGAUAGCACUGGACUUCAUGAACUCCAACCCUGCGGGAACAGAAGAACCUUCAUUAUCUGGAGCCACUCAGUCAACAACCUCCACUGCAGUAUCAAAGAUCGACGAAUUUCUGGUGCUUUAUGAUCUCAGCCCUCCUAAUGUAACUGUGGAGAGUGUCAGGACUGAAAAGAAUUUCAGCUUUCAGCUGCACAUCAACUUGGACAAAUUCACCUUUCAAACCAACAAUAGCUUCAAAUCCAAGAAAGAUGGUGUUUCUAAAUCAUAUGGUUUGCUUGGCCAGGCUUUGGGGAUUUUGCCACCAAACACGGAUGAAAAACAGGUAACCAUGCUGGUGAAACAACAUUUCACCCAGAAGUCUGUCACCCAUCCAAAGGAAAAGUUUGAGGACAGUAUGUGCUUCCUUCAUGAUAUAACCUACGAUCUGGUCUACGAGGGACAAGGCUUCACAGAGGCGGAAGCUAAGCUGGACGCUCUACAGAAAGCCCACUGCUCUGUACCCUUGCUCUUUGGCCACAACGCUUUGCCAAAGUUAAAUAGCUUUGAGGAAACGGAAGCUCAGAUUAACAAGUUACUGAACAUGAAUGGCCAGAAAGACCUCACUUUUUCUCAAACACCUACUAAAUAUAAGAGCUCCAUUCAGCUUCAGUUCAGUAAUUACACCAUGGAGAACAACAGCGAAAGGACCAAAAAAGCUAAUCGCAAUCAACUCAGUGGGCGCAUUCUCCACCUCCUAGGAAAAGAACCAGACCCAGAUUCUAAUUCUAUUUGUAAGAACGUCCUGGACCAAUGGUUUACACAAAUAAAUCUGCAGAGACCGCUGUUUGAAGACACAAAGGAAGUUCAGGGAUCAAAAGCUGCAUUUUCUGCCCCGAUGUCUUGCUCACAUCCAAACUGGGAAGACAGCUCAGAGACUGCACAACAAAAGCUGAUCCAGGAGCUCAAAGCCAAGUUUAAGUAUCUGACUGAGUGAUGCUAGGUGUUGAGUGAUUGGAUACGGAAUUUGUGUGCUCAAGUUUACACAAACCCUAUUCUGAAAAAUUUGGGACACUGGAUGAAAUUCAAACAAAAUAAAACACAAUGUUUGUAAUAGGGCUUGCGCUAGGGGGUGCUGAGGGGGGGUAUUGCCCCCCCAGAUUUUCUCACUGCCCCCCCAAGCGUAACACAAGCAACACAAGGCUAUUUUUUCAUUAUUUCUGAACCUGUAACAGGGCGAACGGCUUCUGCCGCUACCGUGGGAAUUAGAAAGCGUUUGGUUAUUAUUUUAAGUAGUGUUCACUUUUAGUCUUAGUAACGGCGUGUGUGCGCAGGUUAUAUAAGCAUAACAACCUGUUUAAUACACCGCUGUUUGAGCAGUGCAGUGGGCAGAGCGCAGCGCGCAUAUUUUUCCGCCCUAGGUUCGAAUCCGACUUAGGGCGAAAAUAAAGUAACACAUGCAGGGCCGGCGCUAUGGGGGCGCUGGGGUGGACAUCCCCCCCCCCACACAGAUUUUCUGACUGUACCCCCAACAAGCAACACAGUCCAGAAACGGGGCUGGUUUAUAAACUGUAUUGCAGGAUCUAUAGGUCAGCAUGAAAAUGCACCCAACUUGAUUUAUCAAUCCAAAUGCCCUAAGAUACGACCAUCUUAAGUGUUUUCUGCUAUGAACAUAAGGAUCUCAACAUUCCAGCACAAGAUAAGACAGAAGUCCUGACAGAAAAGACAAAGUGAAUGUAUCAAAAUGAAAUAACAUCCAAAAGACACUUUUCUUUAUACAUCUGAAUCUAAGAUGAAUCUAACAGUGGUUCUAGACACCGUUUCUAAUUAGUGGGUUUAGCUAACACUGUAUACUGGACAUGCCAUUAUGAAAUUGUGCAACGUGCUUGACAGCUCUCUCCAAAACAUCAGUUACUUCAGUACAAGACCCAAGGUGGCCCAACACCUUUCACCACCUUACAUUGGUGGAUUUUCUUUUGAUUUGUCACUCUGUAAGAGGAAGGGGAAUGGCCAGCAACAAGAUGUAUUUUGGAUACAAUAAGAGAAACAAUGAACAAGCUAUUAGGAAGCCUGAAGACUUAAAUCAGAAGAGUCUUCAGUGUUCUGGAGAAACACUGUAGAUAUGGUCGCCUGGAAUAUAAAUCUACUUGACGGCAUUUUCGUGUCAUAAUUUUAUUCCGUUUUAAAUUUUAAAAUGAGCCACAUAAUUAGACUUAUACUUUUUUAUUUAUUAUUGUACUUUGGACACAAAUCAUGAUAAUGGGUGUAUAACUAUAAUAAAAUUGUUAUGCUUAAAAUCUCAA